CAUUGGAAAACAGCGAUACGGAAUAUGAGGGGAUUAUGAAAAUCUGCAGGCAGUGACAUCAUAGUAGGAGCAUAUCAUGUGACAAAAUCACGUGACAAAAUCACGUGACCUAGACUAUAAAAAUUGUGCUACAGAUUGAACUGGAUUCAAACCGUUCUGUAGUGGCCGCCAGCGAAGAAAUGAGUGCAAUCAUGGACGAACUCUUGGAAAUGGAAAGUCGAUUGUGGGACUAGGCCGAUCGAUUGACUUCGUAAGAAGAAUACCUCGCAUGAGAAGAACGAUGCAACGAGUGCCUCCAGUCGCUGGAAGAACAUAGUCGAGCAAAACGCCCUCGAUUAUCGAUCGGUGUUCAACAAUCUUUGAUCGCUCGUAUCGCGCGUCUCGAUAGUCUAAAGUAUUCGUUGCGCAGACGUUUCGUGUACGAAGGUGCCGGCCAUUCAACCACUGGACUCUUGUGGCGUGAAAUAGACACUGCGUUCGAUAGCCGCGUAUUAACCGGCGCUGUUUUGAAUUCGCACUAUAUCGAACCGCGUAACUUUCUUCAGGAUGCGAGAGACGUUGUGCUCAAGCAUAUAUAGGGUGCAUUGGUGAAACAUAAGACACUAAAAGUGAAUACUGCGUUUAAUGGAGAGUUUGUAGCGGGUGAUAAACGCUCGAACAAGACUAUCAGCACAAAAAACUGUGAUAUCUUUGGCGAGAUCAAUCUCGAAGAGUGGUACGAGCAAUGCGUCGUCGAACCCACCCUAGCAUCGCUGGAAGAAUUUCAAGAACGGGAUAGCGGAUGGGCGCUGUCGCGUAUACUCAAUUUAAUUGUUAACGUGAAUAAAUAUAUACCGUUGCAUGCAGGAUGUACCAUACAAUUACCAGGAGAAAUACAACUAAAGAGAGCUGUAAUCAACGUAUGCUCGAACGACAAUGCAUGUUUCGCGUGGUCAGUGGUGGCUGCUCUGCAUCCAGCCGAAAGUCACGUAUAUCGGGCAUCGGCAUAUCCUCAUUACUCAACAGUGUUGAAUAUCCAGGAUAUCGAAUUUCCAAUGACAUAGAACCAAAUUAAAAAGUUUGAACACGUCAACAACAUCUCCAUCAACAUCUACACCACUGAAGAGAAGAAGGUUCUGUCGAUACGGCUCACCACACAGAAGAUGGAGAGACACGUCAAUUUGCUGUAUUUAGAAGGAGCAAACGGCGUGGGGCAUUUCGCGUGGAUCAAAAACUUAUCGCACCUCGUGAGCUCACAAUUGAGUAAAAAUAAUCAUCGAAAAUACUUUUGCGCUAGAUGCCUGCACUACUUUAGUUCCAGUGAGCAGCUGGAAGCUCACACCGUAGAUUGCGAAAAGAUGAAUGAUUGCGCAAUCGUAUUACCAGAUGAUGACAGCAAGUGGCUCAGCUUCAACAACUACAUCCGGAAAGAGCGACUUCCAUUUGUGGUGUACGCCGACCUUGAGUGCAUACUAGAGAAAACUGCUCGAGGAGCGCCAAGAUACACGUAUCAGCAUCAUAGAGUAUUUAGUAUUUAGUAAUUUGGCACAUUUUGUUAAAUCAAUUUUAUCAAAUAACAUACAAAUGGAUGAUUUAACGAGCGAACAGCAGGAGACAUUUCGCAACACGACACAUUGUCACAUUUUCGAAAAACCGUUUGGAGAAAACGAUACGAGGGUGCGCGAUCAUUGCCAUCUAACCGGUCGGUACAGAGGUCCCGCGCACUCCAAUUGUAAUCUAAAUUAUAAAAACUCUUUUUGCAUUCCCAUAGUUUUUCAUAAUUUGCCCGGUUACGAUUCGCAUUUUAUUCUCGAAGAAAGCUAUAGCUUUCGAGGGUGCCGUCAGUGUAUUGCCGAUAACAAAAGAAAAAUACACCUCGUUCACAAAAAGUGUCAAAGAUCCAAAUGGACUGUCGCGAAAUUGUAUAAAAUUGAGAUUCAUCGAUUCAUACAAAUUCUUGAGUACCAGUCUCGAUAAAUUAGCGUCUUUCUUAGAUAAAAGCAAAUUACGAAUUUUACGAACCGAGUUUCAAAAUUUGUCUACCGAAGAUUUCGAAUUAUUGACGCGAAAGGGUGUUCUUCCGUACGAGUACAUUGACUGUGCCGAAAAGUUGGAACAAUCAUGUUUGCCAUCGCGCGAAUCAUUUUACAGUUCCUUGACGGGUGAUACAGUAUCGGAGAGCGAGAACGUGUGAACACUGUUUUCCAUUCAAACGCUGGGCGAUUAUAGCGAUUUGGAUUUGAAAACUGAUGUCUUGCUGUUGGCCGAUAUUUUUGAAAAUUUUCGUGAAAGCUGUAUAAAAGUUACGGACUCGAUCCCGCGUAUUAUUACACUCUGCCCGGUUUUACGUGGGAUGCCAUGCUGAAGCAUGCAAAAGUUAAUUUCGAAUUACUAACAGAUAUCGACAUGGUCCUGUUUAUCGAACGCGGUAUACGCGGCGGAUUAAGUCAAUGUUUAGGUAGAUACGCGAAACCCAAUAAUAAGUACAUGCAGUCGUACGAUCCAUCGAAAGCAUCGUCGUACUUGAUGUACUUUGAUGUGAAUAAUCUGUAUGGGUGAGUAAUGUGUCAACCAUUGCCAUAUGCAGAAUUUCGAUGGUUCGACAACGUUGCAAACUUUGACGUGUCUUCGAUUGCUGCCGAUUCGCCCACGGGUUAUAUUCUAGAGGUUGAUCUAGAAUAUCAGCAACGCUUGCACGACAUUCACGCGGACCUGCCGUUCUGUCCCACAUGUGCCAAACCACCUGGCAAAAGAGAGGACAAGCUGCUUGCAACUCUAUACGAUAAGCAGCGUUACGUUAUCCACUAUCGUAACCUGCAGGAAUUCACGCGACAUGGUAUUCGUAUUACAAAGGUACACCGCGUCCUCCAAUUCGCACAAUCACCGUGGCUCCACGAUUACAUCGAAUUAAAUACAAAGUUUAGAACUCUCGCUACAAACGAUUUUGAAAAGAAUUUGUAUAAAUUGAUGAACAAUGCGAUAUUUGGCAAAACUAUGGAAAAUGUGCGCAAUCACGUCGAUGUAAAAUUAGUAACAAAAUGGGAAGGGAGAUACGGAGCGGAAGCCCUUAUUUCCAAACCAAAUUUCCACAGGCGUAGCGUGUUUUCGGAAAACUUAGUUGCCAUCGAACAGCGAAAGCUUGCGGUGAAGUUCAACAAACCAAUCUAUGUGGUUAUGUGUAUACUGGAUAUAUCUAAGAUUUGUUUGUAUGAAUUCCAUCACGAUUACAUGUUACCCACACAUGGCGAUAAAUUUAAAGUUAUGUAUACCGAUAUGGAUAGUUUAAUUUACCACAUCGAAUGUGAGAAUAUUUAUGAUACUAUAAAACAUGAUAUUAAUCAAUUUGAUACAAGUGAUUAUCCGGUAGGGAACGUUUACGAUAUACCGCUUGUAAACAAAAAAGUCCCCGGUUUGAUGAAAGACGAAAUCAAUGGGGCCACAAUGAUAGAAUUUGUUGGACUCAGAGCGAAAAUGUAUGCGCUGCGUGUAGAUGGUGAAAAAGAUACGAAAAAGGCGAAAGGUGUAAAAAGUAGCGUUGUUUCCAGGAUGAUAAAUUUCGACGACUAUACGCAGUGCCUACGAAACAAAAUUGAAAUGAUUCGUAAUCAGACAUGUAUAAGAUCAAAAUUGCACAAAGUAUACACAAUGGCGGAAUCAAAAAUCGCUCUGAGUCUGUACGACGAUAAGCGGUAUAUUGUACCCGACUCAACGGAUACAUUGCCGUGAGGUCAUUAUAAAAUACCGCUUUAGAUAUAUCAGUAUAUGUAUUUUGUAAAUCAUUUUCACCUCGAUUUUAAUAGAUAUAUAUAUUUAGUUGUAAAUAAACAAAAACACUGUAAUGUAACUAAU